GGGCGUCGUGUCCCCGGGCGCGGUUUUGCGGCACCACGGACCCACGCAACGGCUCCAAGAUUCUCUCGCUACAGCAUCCCUAUCACCAUCAUCACCAUCCGAACGCCGGUAGCACGCUGGAGGGCAGAACGAUCGAGUACCGGCCCGGUGGCGGGCUGGACUACCACAACUCUCCCCUCAUGGCGGAGAUACCGACCGGUGACUAUAGCCACAUCCACCGGUCCAUCGAUCAGCUGCGAUCGAUGAACGAACGAGGCGUACUGGGACAGCUUAACGCACUGCAGCAUGCGGCCGCUGCCGUUGGGAAUGGGACCGAUCUACGAUCGGCCCUAGUCCACGACUACAAACCUUACAUUAGUGAUCUGCGUGCGAAUGCCGCCAACGAUCGGUUGAUUGACUACGCUGUCGUCCAGAAGCACCACCACCAUCAUCAGCAACAGCAACAGCAACAGCAACAACAGCAACAACAGCAUCAGCAACACCAACAGCAGCAACAGCAUCCUCACCAACAGCAGCAGCAGCAACAGCAGCAACAUCAUCAGCACGGUCCUCCACAUCUGCUGGACGAUCGAACUGGUAACAAUAAUAAUAAUAACAACAACCAUGAAACGGAUCUGCGAAUGGUGGAGGAUCACAAGCCUCCCCACUACAGUGCCCCGUCCACACCUCCCACACCGUUGGCGAUCGUCGAGACGCAGAUGGCAGAACCUGUGAAGAGAUAUGGAAAAGGUCGCAAAAAGAUCUUCUCCGCCAAGGCUAACCUGGAGCUGCACGGCGGAACGCUACAGAUGCGCGAAACCAAACCGUACAAAUGCACCCAAUGCACCAAGUCGUUCGCCAACUCGAGCUACCUGUCCCAGCACACGCGGAUACACCUUGGCAUCAAACCGUACCGGUGCGAGAUCUGCCAGCGCAAGUUCACCCAACUAUCCCAUCUGCAGCAGCACAUCCGAACGCACACCGGCGACAAACCGUACAAAUGCCGGCAUCCCGGCUGUCCGAAAGCGUUCUCUCAGCUCUCCAACCUGCAGUCCCACUCGCGGUGCCAUCAGACGGACAAACCGUUCAAGUGUAACUCCUGCUACAAAUGCUUCACGGACGAAGCAUCCCUGCUGGAGCACAUCCCCAAGCACAAGGAUUCGAAGCAUCUGAAGACACACAUCUGCCAGCUGUGUGGCAAGUCGUACACGCAGGAAACCUACCUGGCGAAGCACAUGCAGAAGCACGCGGAAAAGGAGGAAAAGCGUCGUAACCGGGCGGCUGGUGGUGGUGGUGCCGGCGGUGGUGGUGGAGGAGCUAGUGGUGGUAGUGGGGGAGCGAGCGGUGCCAACUCUUCGGCCGGUUCCGGAGCUGCUGGAAGUAAUAAUAAUAAUAAUAAUAACAGCAGUAAUGCGAAUAGUAACGCGAAUAAUAGUGGCGCCGGAAGUCCAAACGGUGGUGCUGGUGGUGUGGCGGCCGGUGUGGCGAAUGCGGUGGCAGCGGUCGCGGAUGCAGCUGCCGUUGGAUUGGCCGGUUUGGCCGGGUUGGGACUGAACCGGAUGGGAGGGAUGGUGGUAGGGAAUGCGGCAGCAGCUGCUGCAGCCGUUGGCCUGGAGCACCCUUACUGGCCCAAAGUUAGUCCGGAUUCGGCCGCAAGUCUAGCGGAAGCCAUGCAGCAACAGCAACAGCAGCAGCAGCAACAACAGCAGCAGCAGCAGUACGAUUUCAGCAGUAGUGGAGGUGCGAACAACGGUGCAAACAGUGGUGGCGGUGCCGGUGGCAACGCGAACAAUGGUGGUGCCGCGAACGAUCCGCAGCAUCAUCGUAACUUGAACGGGAGCAGCAGUUCCGCCAACUCGGCGGACGACGUCGGCGAGGAUCUGGUCGUCAUCCGGCACAACUCCCAGCAGCAGCAGCAGCAGCAACAGGCUCAGCAGCAGCAGCAGCACGUUAACAACCAAUCGAAUUCCUCAUCCGCCAACUCGUCCGCCUUCACACCGAUCAACGUGAUGCCACCGCAUCUGAACAGUCUGGCGGCGGCCCAUCAACACCAUCAGCAGCAGCUGGCAGCCGCCCAACAGCGGGCAGCACCACCCUCGUACCUGUACGACGCGAUCAGCUUCCAAAAUCAGAAAGCGAUCAACCAGAAUGCGGCUGCGGUGGCUGCGGCCGCUGCGAACGGAUUCCCGAACCAGCUCAUCUCCCUGCAUCAGAUCCGGAACUAUGCGCAUCAGCCGGGCGGUGCUGGCGGUGGUGGCGGUAGUGGAGUUGUUGGUGGCCUUCUGUCUGGGGAACAUUUGCUGAUGGGCGGUGGUGUUGGGAAGGUGGAAAAAUAGU